AUGUCGCUACAGAAGCCAGUUACAGCUUCCACUCAGCUCCUCUGUGGCUUUCUGACCCUACCUCAACGACGAGCCUCAGACGAUGUGGGCUCUGGCUCACCUAACGUCGAAAGAAGUUCCUAUCCUCGCGAUCAGAUCCACAUCUCUGCUGCUUUCAGCAGCACGCCAAUCUUUGUGUUCUGGGAGCUUCCUUCACACCCUACUCACACCCCUGCCGUACUCCUUGAUCGUCUCUUUGCUCCGAGAACCCAGUAA